UCUCUCACUUCUCUGAGUACAACAACUGGUGAACAGCUGAGGUCCGAGCUUAGACAGACCAAAACUAGAAACUUAACAAGUCUAACUCAGGACAGAUAAAGCUCGUCUGCUUGUUGAGCCUUUUUUGGUGAAAGUGCCAAAACAACCGUGCGUAAUUACGCAUAAGAACAGAAAAAGAACAAUGAGUGCCACAGCCGCUAUGGAAGUGAACGCCGAAGCCAGACGGAUACUGGCGGUGUCGAUAAGCAAGCUGUACGCAUCCAGGACCCAGAGAGGCGGACUGAGACUCCACCGGAGCCUCCUGCUCUCCUUGGUCAUGAGGUCCGCCCGGGACAUCUAUCACUCCUCCCGGGAGAGCGAGGGGCCAAGCGGGGCGACAUCAGAGGAGCCGAUGGAUACGAGCUCCAGCCCGGGUGAUCAGAGCGCGCUGCCCGAGCCACAGCCAGAGCCAGAGCCGGCUCUGAACUCAACCGAGCCGCCCCUGGAGGACCCGGAGAGCGCGGACGAAGGGUGCGAUGGUGAGAUCACAGAGGACAAAGAGAACAUGAGCCCGACGCGGCAGUCCAGGAAACGCCGGGGCAAGGCGUCGGCGGCGCCUGACUUCCUUCCUAGCAAGAGGGCGAGGCUGGAGCCCGGGGAGGAGAGGUAUGCGGCCCCGCUGGGCAGCUGUCGCGCCGGGGCCGGGGAGUCCCUGACUGCUUUGUCUCUAAAUCGGGUUAUACCUGCCUUCUGAGCAGAUGGUGGGAGAAAAUAGCCUCCAAUGAGACUUUGGAGUGAUUCUGAACUUAACCUACAAGGGCGGUUUGACCCCCCUCUCUGCGCACCAAGAAGCUGACCUACAUCGGUCGUCCCGGGACAGAGGGAUUACCGGGGCCAUGGUGCGAGCUCUCCAGUGCGCCCGCCGGGCUUGUGAAGCCCCAAACAGAGAGCAGAAAAAAAGAGAAGAAGCAGGCCUGAGGGGAGAUACAAGGCCGGAAAGUUUGAGGAAGAAACUGAAGGGGAACUGGUUUUGUUUCCCGGUGAUUCACCGUCAGUAAAAUGAGUCCAAACAAGUGACUGGCGCUGACUCAAAGUGUGUGUAUGUGUGAAUCAGCAGAGAGUGAUAUGAGUCAGUCAGAGGAGAAGUGAAGUGGUAAACCACAAAAAAAAAAGAUACACACACAACUCGGACUUCAGGGAAUUUCCUGCCUUUACACCAACACAGAGAGACAGAGGACACUUUGGACUGACACACAUUCAACUGCUGCUGUGGACUUUGACAAAUCAAUACUACUGCUAUAGGGGACUUUCCUGGAAACUGUUCACAUGGUGCUUUGCGUUAAAACAGGC